AUGGCUACAGGCAUGGUCGGCGCCCGCCUCGGACGCGUUGUCGCCACCCUGCUCUUCAUCUCUUUCACCCUCGGCGUCGCCGCACACGAGCACCACGAGGUCGAGACGGGCCCGUACGAGCAGAACUUCACGAACGACGAGGACCUGGACUCGGUGAUCAAGUGGCACAUCGCCAUUCAGAUCUUCUGCUGGGGCCUGCUCUUCCCUGCGGGCAUGGUCCUCGGCAUCACCCGCUCUCGCUUCCACGUCCCUCUGCAGUCUCUCGGCAUCGUCCUCACCCUCUCUGGCAACUUCCUCGGCCACCACCAUGCCGGCCGGUCGUUCCACAUGACCGCACACGCCUACUUCGCCGGAUACCUCUGGUGGUACCUCAUCCUCCAGACGGUGAUGGGCGUGUUCCUCAAGCUGCACGUUAUGGAAGGGACGGCGCUGAGACGAGGAGUCGUUACUGCGCACGGGAUUGUCGGGAAAAGCUUUCCGAUCGCUGGAUGGGUGCAGAUGCUGUUCGGCGGCAUCGCGGCGUCCGGCUUCUGCUUUGGCGAGCACUUCACUCAAUGUCUCGCGCACUUCAUCAUGGGAUCCGCCUUCAUCGCCUACGCCAUGAUCCUCCUUCUCAUGCUUCGAGUCGGCGCCGGCUUCCUCGCCCGCAACAAGCUCAGCCAGGAGUACCUCGACUCGUGGGUGAUCAUGCUUUGGGGCAUCGUCAACACGUUCACCGAGCACAACUUCCUUUCCGCGCACCCAACGGGGUGGUCCCACAAGGAUAUGCAACACACCUCGCUCGGCGUCUUGUGGUGGGCUGGCGGUGCGCUCGGCAUCUGGCUUGGUCGCAAGCAGCGUCGCAACAUUGUUCCGGCUCUCAUCAUCGGCAUGACCGGCUACGCGAUGGCCAACCACGGCCAGCACCUCCAGUUCUCGGAAGACGUGCACAAGUUCUUCGGCUAUGCUCUCGUCUUUGCCGCCCUCGCCCGCAUCAUCGAAGUCUGCUUCGUCCUGCGAGAUGCGCCGACUCCUGCGCCGAGCGAGACGGAAGGUCCCCGCUCGUUCCAGCACCUUACGCCGUUCUUGCUCGUCUUGAGCGGCUUGACUUUCCUCUCGGCGACGGAGGAGCAGAUGCAGUGGGUUGCGGGGAGCGGGAUGGACUCGACGACGUACUCCAUCAUUCUCGUCUCGGGCGCCUUUGCCAUCUACCUCGUCGGCGUUUCGAUCGUCGACCUCUACGAACACCAAAUGCGUCUCAAGUCGACCGCCCAGGCCGUGGGCAUUGCGUCCGCAGACGCAGAUGUCGAGGGCAACGGCGGCGGGAUUGCUCUCGACUCGAGCCCGAACCUGCGGAGCUCGUCGCCCACCGCGCGGAAUCUGCGCGUGUUCGGGAUGGCGGUGCCGGGCAUCGUCGCAGGCGUGGUCGGCAAGGUCAUGCAGGUGGUGCAAGCGCUUGAGCGAGACGGCGGGUCUCGAGAAACCGCAGCACGGGAUGCAGGCGCGAUGGGACAUGCGCGACGGGCGACCGUCGAGUACGAGUCGUUGCCGCUCACCGCGGGGCGGGACUCGGUCGACGCGAGACAAGACGACGGCGUCGAGAUGCAGCAGCGGAGCGGUCGGGCGGCUGGUAGCGGCUCGGCGGGCAGCGACGAGACGGUGUUUGAGCUGGGAGACUACGAGGACGAUGGCGGAGACGGGUACUGGGCGGAGAAGGACGAGGACGGUCGAGGACGUCGUCCCGCGGUACGGGCUUGA